CCUGGAUUUAUUACUGCUGCCUGCCGCUGCGAAAUGAACUAAUAUGCAAAGCAACAUGGACCUGGACCGGUCCUUUCGGAACCAGAUCCGCAUCCGGGUAAACUGAAGGCUCCAGUCCGGUCCGGUCGGAAGACAACAUGACAGCACCGGCGGCCGCGGAGCCGAACCAGGACAAGGCAAUUAGAGCUUGAACGUUUAUCCACGAAGCACGGGUCUGGUUCUCAGCCGCAGCUAGCCGGCAGCUAACGGCGCAAUGUCCGCAGACGUUAGCGGAACCAUCCGCUGCCGCAUUAAGAACCUGCUGCGCUCCCCUUCCAUCAAACUGAGGCGAAGCGGCACCGCGAGGCGCAAACACGAUGUCAGCGGAAAGGUGACAUUGGAGAAGGUGAUGGGGAUCACAUCUUCAGGAAACCGAGCGCUGGCCUGUGACCCCCGAACUGGACUCCUGGCCUACCCUGCAGGAUGCGUCGUUGUCCUGCUGAAUCCUCUGAAGAACAAACAGCAUCACAUCUUCAACAGUUCCAGGAAGGCGAUCACUACGUUGGCCUUCUCUCCAGACGGGAAGUACAUUGUGACGGGAGAGUGCGGCCACAUGCCGGCGGUUCGGGUCUGGGAGGCGUCGGAGCGUCUCCAGGUCUCUGAGCUACAGGAACACAAAUACGGAGUCUCCUGUGUCACCUUUUCACCAAACGGGAAAUAUAUAGUGAGCGUGGGCUACCAGCAUGACAUGAUGGUGAACGUGUGGAACUGGAAGAAAAACGUGGUGGUUGCAGCCAACAAGGUGUCCAGUAAGGUCACCGCCGUGUCCUUCUCAGAUGACAGCUCCUACUUUGUUACCGCCGGGAACCGGCACAUAAAGUUCUGGUACCUGGACCACACAAAGACCUCCAAGGUGAACGCCACCGUCCCUCUGCUGGGGCGUUCGGGGCUGCUCGGAGAACUCAGAAACAACUUCUUCAGUGAUGUAGCAUGUGGGCGGGGCCGAAGGUCUUCCUCCACCUUCUGCAUCACCUCCUCUGGUCUGCUGUGUGAGUUUAAUGACCGAAGACUCCUCGACAAGUGGGUGGAGCUACGGAGAAUCAGCUCUGCUCUCACGGCGCAGGCCACCUGUCUGUCUGUCACUGAGGAGUUCAUCUUCUGUGGGUGUUCUGAUGGGACGGUCCGGGCCUUCAGUCCAGUCAACCUGCACUUCCUGUGUACGCUGCCCCGCCCACACUCUCUGGGGACUGACAUCGCCACCAUGGUUAAUGCCAGUCAGCUGUUCUCCUGCAGAGCAGAGUCUCAUUACCCAGACAGCGUGGCGGUGACCUACGACCCCAACAAUCACUGGCUGUCGUGUGUCUACAAUGAUCAUAGUCUUUAUGUUUGGGACGUGCAGGACCUCCGCAGGGCGGGGAAGCUGUACUCAGCUCUGUACCACUCCUCCUGUGUGUGGGGGCUCGAGGUAUUCACAGAGGGAGGAGGGGGAGGUGAUGUGCGCCUCCCUCCCGGAUCCUUUCUGUCCUGCUCUUCAGACAACACCAUCCGCCUGUGGAGCAUUGACCGGAAUGAUGUCCUCCACAGGAACAUCCUGAGCAAUGACCUGCAGAAAGUAAUCUAUGUGGACAACAACGUCGCCAGCCUUCUUGACGCAGACAGCAUCACUGUCACUAGCAGCAACACAGAGAAGACUGGACUGUCGGGGUCAGAAGGGCAGCAGAUGGAACAGAACAGGGUCGGCAUCAGAACUCUGAGAGUUAGUCCAGAUGGAAAACACCUGGCCUCUGGAGACCGGGUGGGAGUCCUCAGGAUCCAUGAUCUGGGUAGCAUGGAGGAGAUUUUGAAUGUUCAAGCUCAUGACUCUGAGAUUCUGUGUCUGGAGUUCUCCAAGCCAGAUACAGGUCUCCAGUUAUUAGCCACAGCCAGCCGGGACCGUUUGAUUCACAUCCUGGACGUGGGCAGAGAGUACAGUCUGGUUCAGACUCUGGAUGAACACUCAUCCUCCAUCACUGCCAUCAGAUUUGCUGCCAAUGAAGGGAAGGUCCGGAUGAUCAGCUGCGGUGCUGACAAGAGCAUCUACUUCCGUACAGCUCAAGAGAUGGAGGAGGGUUUGGAGUUCACCCGAACGCAUCACGUUGUUAGGAAGGCAACCUUGUAUGACAUGGACAUCGAGCCAUCCAGGAACUACGCUGCUGUUGGGUGUCAGGACCGAAAAAUCAGGAUCUUUAAUAUCAGCAACGGUAAACAGAAGAAGAUCUAUAAAGGCUCUCUGGGCGAGGACGGGACCGUCAUCAAGGUGCAGAUUGAUCCGUCUGGACUCUACAUCGCCACCUCCUGUUCAGACAAGAACAUCUCUAUAUUUGACUUCUUUUCUGGGGAAUGUGUGGCCACCAUGUUUGGACAUUCAGAGAUCGUAACGGGUUUGAAGUUCAGCAGCGACUGCAGACAUCUGAUCACCGUCUCAGGAGACAGCUGCAUCUUUGUGUGGCGUUUAAAUCCAGAGUUGACCAUCAGGAUGAGGGAGCGACUUGCUGAUCUCCAACCUUGCGGCCACAUUCCAAAUUCCCAGAAUACACCUCAGCAGAAAGCUGUGAAGCCCAGCAGGGAGACUCAUCCUCGUGUCGUCACCCUGUCAUCUGACAGUGAUGCUGAGGAAGAAGAAGGGGGAGGAGCAAACGGAAGUCCAGACGAGGAGGCGGUGUCUGAUGAGAUGUCCAACAGAGAAAGCAAAACCGAGAGCUCAGAGGAUCGGCUCCCUCGCCGUCGCUGGUCCAGGAGGACAACCAGUACUGAUGAUGUCCUGAUGGUAAAGUCCAUGUUGGAUCUGAGACUGCUGGACUCGUAUGGCCUGGACGGUCAGGAGGAACCGGAGGAGCUGAAGAUGUGGGCCCACUCAGGGAAUACCUGUAGCCUGAAGAGGAGGAGAAGGAGUCAGGGAGUAAAGCCAGGAGUUCAUGGGACCAAUGAGAAGCUGGGGAGUACUGUCAGCAUCCAAGUUUCCUCUGCUUGGACAGGUGACGAAGCAAAGACCAAUGAGAGGCCUGGCUUCAUCCAGCUGUCCAAUCAGAGCCUGAACAGAAAUGACCUGGUGCUCUUUCCUGAGAAGUGGGAGGACAGAAUCAGCCUGACGGGCAGUGAGUUCCAGGUCAAGGAGGCGUGUCCUUCUGGUGGAGAUGGACAACAGGACAAACCUAGUCCAGACAGUGGCGUCUCUGUAGAGUUCAGCUCCCCUUUGUCUAGUCCAGAUACUCCUGCAGGAGAUGAGUCCACAGGACCUCUGAGUGUGGAGAUGGAGCAAGAGGAUGAAGAGGAAGAAGGAGGGAAGGUGACUCAAGUAGUUCCUCUGACUCCAGACCAGGAGGCUUUUCUGAAGGAGAACUUUGACACAUUGGCUGAUCAGUCUGCUUCAGGAAGUCCAAACAGAACAUCUCACAGCUCCAGUGAGAGUCUCAGCAUCUCCUCCAGGUUCCUCUUCAAGGCCUCAGGAGGAAGCCGGAGCGGGUGGACCAGUGAGGGCCGUGUUGGGGGGGUGAAGGCCCAGGCGCUGGUCUCUGAGGUGCGACCCCUGAUGGAUGGGAACCAGAGCUGGACACAGAACCAGGACCAGACCUUCCCACAUCAGGACCAAUCCCAGACUCAGAGCCAUUUUCAUCAUGACCAAUCCAAGACUCCUCUUCUUCAGAACCAGAGGCAACAUGAUCUGAACCAGUUCCAAGUGCAGUUAGAGGGGAAGGAGACCUCCUCAUGUCACCAGCCCCCCAGUCACCUCUCACUGAAGAAGAUAGUCCAGACUGCAGUGGAUCCCAGAAGGAACCCAGACCUGGUGGUCCGUUCUGCUUCCUCCCACCUGAAUGCCGGGCUUCAGAAGGCUCAGUCAGUCCACAGCCUGCUGGACGUCUCAGGUAACCCUCAUGAGUUCACCUGUCCCAACCCUGAAGAACAAACUCUGAGGACUUUCUGUCUCCCUGCAGUAGGUGUCCCUUCAGACACUUUUCAUCCAACUAGAGAGGCUCCUCCUCCGCGUCCCACCACUCUUCCCUCCUCCCCCAGAUGGCCUCCAUCCUCUGCCCCUCCCACUUCCAGGCAGAGCCCCACCUCCCCCCAGUCCUCCCAGCAGGAUGGUGUUGCUAUCACACCCAGGAAGUCUUCCUCUUCAUCUCUGACAGCAUUGGCGCUGCGCUCCUACAUGAGUCCCACUGCCAGCUCCAUGGCUAAGAUGUCCCGCUCUGUCUCCAUGGGGGAUGGCCUCCACAUCCCUGAACCUGCUGAGGACCCUGUACCUCCAUCAGCGCUGGGCUCCUGCACCCAGGUUAAAGAGACUCCGCCUCCUCCAGUUGCUGUGGUGCACUCUAAUGUGUCUCAGGUUCCCCCUCAUGUUGCUGUCGUUCCUGUUGUCAUCUCCUCCUCCUCCUCGAUGGGUAACCGCUCAGCUCCCCCUCGCAGUCUGCAGGCUCGUGUCCCCAGCAGCAGCAGCAGACCACUUCCUGACAAACCCUCGCUGGACUCCUUCUCACCAUCCUCAAAGUCCUCUGGCCUCAUGUCCCCUACAGCUUCAGUCUCCUCUGUGGCUCCCUCUCAGCAGGGGGAGGAGCCUCUGACUCCAGCAGGUUUCAGUACGGACCCCACAGAAGACCCAGAUCAGCCAAUCAGCUUGGAGAGCUGCAGGGCUCUGACCAAUGAGCUGCAGAGCUGCUUCAGGAGGGCCACGCGCCUCUACAGGCAGGCGGAUUGCAUAAACAGUCUCGAGGGAUUUUGUGAUCUUGCGAGUCAAGCGAGGAGCUCAGCAGAGAAGCCGCUUCACUGCUGUGACUCCCCCGAUGUGCAAUUAAGUGCUGUGAUUGUGGUGAGCAGCUCCUCCAUGAGUGACUCCUCCCCUAACCACUGUCAGAUGGCUAUUCUCCUAUCAGACGCCUUCCAGGCCAUGAGGUCAGAGCUGGACUCUCUGCCCCUCAAUGCACCAAGCAUGCUGGGAGUUCAGGGGGGCCUGGGGGGCGUAGGGGAGGUGAAGACUGCAGCUCUGCUUGAGGAAUAUUCACUCCUCCUCCUGCAGGCGGUCCACAGGAGGAUCAACAACACAAGCUGAGCUCCUCUUCAUCAUCAACAUGACCUGCUCCUGUUCUUCGUCCCUCAGCAGCAGGUCGUCUCUAACAGCAGACUAAAGGGACUUUUUAUUUUCUUCCUUUAGGUUUUUAAUCUCAUUUUUUAAAUGUCUGACGCUGCUUAUUUAAACUUGUGGACCUUUAAAAACCUUCUAGUCUGAUUCACGGGUUAGCCCUGUCGUCCAGACGUCAGCUGGCCCAUGGGUCUCUACCUCCUGAUCCACAGAUAAACCCAUGGAUGAGUCUGAAUCAUGGAAAUCUUUUCCGUUGUCAUUCCUCGAAGUUUCCUCCUGACAGGAAUCCUGUGAAAGGUCUUGGAUGUUUGAAGUGUUUUUACCAGACUGUCUGACAUCAAUGUUCUUCCACUUCAGCAUGACAGGUUCCUGCUGAGUUUUUAAGCAACGGUUUGUAUUUAUUGUGUUGAUGAGCUGUUACACUACUGAUCAGCUGACCUGUCAGCUAGUCUCCAGUCAGAACUAAACUUAAUGCACAUCUUAAAACCUUUUUUUAGGACACUAGGGGGAUUUCCUGGCUUAAACUAGAGAUGUGUUUUGGGAAGGGUUUUAGGUGACAUUUAAUAAAGAUUUCACUUUGUUUUCUGAUAAAGCUUUAAGCUUCUUUCUUUGGCUUGUCUACGCCUCACAUGUGCUUAUUCAUUCAUGUAUAAUCAUACAUAGUAAAUUUUUUUAUUCAAACUA